CCCAAAUUGACUGUGGGCUGACGCUGUUACAUAUCAGAAUUGUUUUGUUGAGACAUCAAUGGCUACAUGCGAAUAGUGGAGAAACAUGAAGAUAACAUAAGAAAUAUCACCGUUAUACUAAAGAAACUAAUUUUUUGAAAACGAAAAUCGAUCAAUUCCACUACAUGAUGGCGAAUGGGAACGUUAGCGAUUGUGAACCUUUGCUUUCCACCUUCGACAGUUUGACUAGCACGGAUGAUAGCUUCAGGUGUAAUUCAGAGUCGUUCCAAGGAAGAAACCCGGCCCUCGCUGUACCUAAUGGGAAAACACACCACCUGUUCUUCUCUCACAGUUCUGACGACCAGCAAUGGGUUGAGAUGUGUGUAGAGCGACUGGAACAAGACUAUGGGAUCAAAUGUCUGUGGCCUCCGAGAGAUUUCACUCCUGGAAAGCCGAUUGUUUCUCUUAUUGAAGAUGGAAUGUCACGUGCCAUGAAAAUAGUUCUGGUUUUGUCGCCAGAAUACAUCGACAGUGGCUGGUGUUCCUACGAAAGACACCUGGCGUUUGUUUUGUCUGUGCAAGAGAGACGGAACUGCAUCAUUCCAGUGAUGCUGGAAACCUGCCCCGUACCAGACGUGCUGAGAACCGUCAACUACAUCGACGUCACCAAGGGAGAGGAUGCUGUUUGCAAGAUAAAAGACGCCCUGUACAAAAAAUGCGAACUAAAAGACAUUUUAUCAAAUUUUAGACUUGAAAACUAUCGCGAAGAGGAGGUAAAUGGUGUGAAACAGACAAUAGAAGCGAAAAAGCAGAUACCCUGUGCAAUUAAAGGAACAGGAUGGGCAUUUCCAAAUGAGCAGCUUAUGAACAUUGGAGGAAAAAUAUCCAGAAAUAAAGUUCAAAUGGUAGUGACGGAUUUAAAUAAUCUGAAUUAUAUGAAGUUUUAUGGACUCCUCGGAAUCUUCAAAUCUGCGACUUACUUUUUCAUGCUAACAUACCUGUUUGUCAUUGGCUUGAUGGGAAUUGUAUCAUCCAUACAAUGGCUGAAGAGCGAAAGCGUUACUGAUCUAGUAUUAUUCGGCGGUCGAAUAUACAUUCCAUUAAUACCAACCUUAGUCACAGCUUGUCACGUGCCACUCUACUUUUGCUGCUGGAAAUUACUCGCGAUAACGGGACAUAGAAAGGCGAAGAAGUUGACGAAAAAAAGAUCUCUUGACAUGUUUCAAGAAACCAAAUUCUUCCUGUACUUCCAUUACAAAAAACGUAUUCCUUUUCUUUCAUUCAUGUACUAUAACACGGAGCCAUGUGAGCGCUACAUCAGAGACUGUAUGCUCAGACUUUAUGCUGCUACCCCGGAUGAUGCUGACAAAGAGAGACUGGCAACCAAUGUGGCGCAGCAUCACAUAAAACAGUUUUUGGAGGACAAUUAUGAACGAAUUCUGGAGUGGAAUAAUUUAGAUGCAUCUUUCUCUCAACGACACCCCACCCUGCUAAGGAAAAAAUGCUUAUGUGAGAUGCUAGAAAAGAAGUUAUGGCCACAACAAACAUUUCUACUUGACCAGCAUUGACAAUUUGUACUUUACCAGUGCCCGCCAUGAUGGCAUAAUCACAAUCUGACCAGUGCCCGCCAUGAUGGCAUAAUCACAAUCUGACCAGUGUUCGGCAUGAUGGCAGAAACUUUGACAAUUUUAACUUGACCACCGUUCGACAUGAUGUCAUAACCACAACACUUUUUACUUGACCUGCGUACGGCAUGAUGGCAGGAGCCUUGGCAAUUUUUACUGGACGAGCGUCCAACAUGAUGGCCCGAACAUAACAAAUUUAACAAAACUCUGCUUACAUAUAUAGUGUCACUAUCUUAAGACUUUUCUACUUACUAUAUUACGUCUUUGUUAUAUAAGUAACUAUACUGAAAUAACAAAUUAAAUGCUCAUGUAUUUGAAAGACAUAUUUCAUAAAAUUCAUUAUGUUUAUAUAGCUAUUUUACAGAAUGUUCAAUUUAGGUUAGCAUGUUAUGUCCAGUCAAAAAUAUAAUAUGUUGAAAAUGA